AUGUCAUCGAUUCAUCCGUUUUCGCUGCUCCGUCUACCUUUUAUUCCACUGGAACUCGUUGUUCGAAUGUUGAAUCCUCAUGAAGUCCUAAAUUUCGCAAUGGUCUCCCAAAAAUCCAAGAAAAUUGCAAAGAUCUUCCCUAACAAGAAGCCGUGUUAUAUGAGUAUUUGGUUUGAUACAUUCCCGGAAUUUGAUAUUUCUUUCACCAAACACAAGUAUCGUACUGGCCGUAAUUACAAUCAAAAAUAUAUUCGUAGAUCAGAUUUAUGGCGGUUUGGAAGCACUUCGGAGUCUGAGGAAGUUUUAUAUAAACGGCCAGAGUGGCAGUAUCUCGGUAUCAAGUCUGAUAACCCGAUUGCCAUGUGUCUCGGGAUGAUUGAGUAUAUUCAGGAAAUAUACAACUCCAAUCUUCAUUCUUUUAUCUUUUUUGAAAAACGCUUCAAUUCAAACGACCUGAAGGUAAUUAUCACUUGGAUGAAUACCAAUGACUCACUCCACCCGAUUUCCACUUUUUAUGUUGAACUGAAAAAUCGAUAUAGUCUUGAUUUGGUUGUGAAUAGUUUGCAAGCAAGUAUCGAUUGUUUUCGACCGUUUCUAGAUGAUACCUCAUCAAUGAAUUCUUUGAAAUUCCCGCAAACUUUCAAAAACACCAAAUAUUUCACUGACCACGCUCCCGACUGCCAGAAAUGGUUUACCGUUGACACCCUAUUGACGAUGAGUCCCGAACGCAUUUAUGUGGAAUUCAGUCAUUUAACGGACCAAGAUAUCAACAAAUUCUUGGAAAAUUGGAUGACUGGAAAAUCAAAUUUCAACAUGAAAUGGUAUGAAUUGGGGAUCGAAAAGAAGAUGGAUUGGAGACAGGUGUUGAGAGGAUUGAAGGCGACGAUAUGGCAUCCGGAAACGAGGAAAAUAAGUUAUGAAAUUAACGAAAAUGAUACAGUGACGCUUCACGGUGGUGUGGAUAUUGAGCGAAUCGACGGAAAGAUUGCGACAAUUGAAAUUCUUUGUUAUCACAAUCACAGUAGUAGAAGAAUUCGUGAUUACUCAAUCGAAGAAUACGAAGAAGCAUUCAGAAGUUGGAAUGAAGAUAAGAGGGAUUUGGAAAGUUUGGAAUUCAGAAGAGGGAAUGAUAAAGGUGGUGAAAUAGCAGAGAAUGAAGAGGAAGAAGAAGAAGAAAUAGGAGGAUAUGGAUACUCUUUGUAUCGAUUCUCUAUUCGUGUUUGGUAG